AUGAAUAUAUCUAUAUCGCUAAAAUAUCCCGCUGUUUUCCCUUUCUUUCUUUCUUUCUUUCUUUCUUUCUUUCUUUCUUUCUAUAUUGAAAGCAUUAAACCAGAAAUUAUGACUAGAGUCGUACUACUUCUGCUGAUGUUCAUUCAACUUCUUCAAAUACGGGCGAAUUAUCCAUUCUUAGAACAAGUUGAAAAAGUAGAAGAGAAAAAUUUGGAGAACCUUUUGCUCAGAAUGUUGAUGGAAAGAACAAAUAAAUUCGGGAGACCAGUGAAGCGGACCUGCCAAAUAGAAGCGACCGGUGAAUGUCGUUCGGAAGAAGCAGCAGAAGUAGCCGAUAAGAAGCUGUCUUUCCUCUUCAUCCAUGCAUCGAUGAUUAUCUUUGCGUGGACUCUUAACGACUGUCUUAAGAAAGAUUUGCAGCUACACAAAAAUUCAGACAAUCUAUCUAUCUAUCUAUCUAUCUAUCUAUCUAUCUAUCUAUCUAUCUAUCUAUCUAUCUAUCUGUGUGUGCGUGCGCAAGUUGAUAUACCGUUAAACAAACAAAUGAAACAAUCAAAAUCAAUCUAUCUAUCUAUCUAUCUAUCUAUCUAUCUAUCUAUCUAUCUAUCUUACACUUGUUCAUAUCUAUCUAUCUAUCUAUCUAUCUAUCUAUCUAUUUACACUUGUUCAUAUCUAUCUAUCUAUCUAUCUAUCUAUCUAUCUAUCUAUCUAUCUAUCUAUCUAUCUAUCUAUCUUACACUUGUUCAUAUCUAUCUAUCUAUCUAUCUAUCUAUCUAUCUAUCUAUCUAUCUACACUUGUUCAUAUCUAUCUAUCUAUAUAUCUAUUUACACUUGUUCAUAUCUAUCUAUCUAUCUAUCUAUCUAUCUAUCUAUCUAUCUAUCUAUCUUACACUUGUUCAUAUCUAUCUAUCUAUCUAUCUAUCUAUCUAUCUAUCUAUCUAUCUACACUUGUUCAUAUCUAUCUAUCUCUAUCUAUCUAUCUAUCUAUCUAUCUAUCUAUCUAUCUAUCUUACACUUGUUCAUAUCUAUCUAUCUAUCUAUCUAUCUAUCUAUCUAUCUAUCUAUCUAUCUAUCAGUGUUUCGGUUCUCAUCUGCCUAUCUGGUGGAUGUAUUAGUGCAGAAAGCAGGAUUGGUAUACCGAGUUCAAAUCUUUUCUCAACUAGGAGUUAG